AUACCUUCGGAAACCUCUGAAAAUUCCACAGUCCACACAGUAAUUCCAUAUUUGUCAGGAAAAUCGUCAACAUUCUAACAGCAGCAGCAGCAGCAGCAGCAGCUUAGGGAUCUGCAGAAAAAUUUAAGUGGAUGGAUUUGGAUUUGGAAUGUAGUAGAGAGUAGUGAAUUAAGAAUCUGCACCUGUUUCGAUGUCUCCUCCAGGAAGACGAAGACGAAGACGACGAUGCAGCUCCAAGAAUAUGGCUUCUUCUUCUUCUUCAGAUCAUAUUAUGAUUAAUAAUAGUAAUGUUGAUGUUCUUAUUCUGGUCGUCUUCUUCGUCUUCGUUUCUGCUACUGUUGAAUCGACGUCAGAAUUCAAUCUUCUCAAAAACAACAGCAACAAUUCUGAAUUCAUAGCUCUCAUGACCACCAUUAAUAAGCCUUCUUUGAAGACAAUUGAGAGCCCCGAUGGAGAUUUGAUCGACUGUGUAUUAUCCCACGAACAGCCUGCCUUCGAUCAUCCCAAUUUGAAAGGCCAAUCUCCAUUGGAUCCACCCGACACCCCAAAACGACGCCGUUCAGGGACGACCACGUUGGAAUUAGAAGAACCAGAAAUCAAUUUCCAAGUAUGGAGAAUGUCCGGCGAGUCCUGCCCGGAGGGCACCAUCCCAAUCCGGCGAACCUCCGCCGGAGAUCUCCUCCGAGCAUCUUCCCUCCGCCGCUUCGGCAAAAAGCUCCGCCGCCGACCCAUUCGCCGAGACUCCACCUCCACCGCCCACGAGCAUGCAGUUGGAUAUGUGAGUGGAGAGAAAUACUAUGGAGCAAAAGCAAGCAUAAAUGUGUGGUCUCCAAAAGUAGGAAAUCAGUACGAAUUCAGCCUAUCCCAAAUCUGGGUUAUUGCUGGCUCCUUCUCCAACGAUCUCAACACCAUUGAAGCUGGUUGGCAGGUGAGCCCAGAACUUUAUGGGGACAGCUCUCCUAGGUUCUUCACCUACUGGACAAGUGAUGCAUAUCAGGCAACAGGAUGUUACAAUUUGCUGUGCUCAGGGUUUGUUCAGACCAACAACAAGAUUGCAAUUGGGGCUGCUAUUUCACCUAUUUCAUCCUACAAUGCUGGCCAAUUUGACAUUACCUUGUUAAUUUGGAAGGAUCCAAAACAUGGGAAUUGGUGGCUGGAGUUUGGGAAUGGGGUAUUAGUGGGGUAUUGGCCAUCUGUAUUAUUUACACAUCUGAGGGAGCAUGCAAGCAUGGUCCAAUUUGGGGGUGAAAUUGUAAAUACUCAAAGUUCGAGCCCUCAUCACACGUCAACCCAGAUGGGCAGUGGCUAUUUUGCAGGAGAAGGGUUCAGAAAAGCUUCUUAUUUCAGAAACCUCCAAGUUGUGGAUUGGGAUAACAAUUUAGUCCCUCUCUCAAAUCUUAGGGUUUUGGCUGAUCACCCAAAUUGCUAUGAUAUACAAGGAGGGAUUAAUAGGGUCUGGGGGAACUAUUUUUACUAUGGAGGCCCCGGGAAGAAUCCCAAAUGCCCAUAAUUUUAGUUUUAUUUUUAUUUUAUUUACUUUUUUUUUUUUUUUUUUUUUUCAUUUUAUAAAAGUUGUGAGUUAUAAUUUAAUUGAUUUUAGAGUCUGGAAUUUGGAUGUGAUUUUAGAUUUUUUGUUUUUUUUUGUUUUGGGGUACUUUUUUUGUAUUGUUGGAUUAUUGAAUGAGUGAUCCAUCAUUUAUACCAUUUUGUAGGGGCUGUAUUGUAACCUUUCUGAAAUUGUUAGUACAUAUCUUAAAUGGAUUGUGCUGUUUUAAUUUAA